GCCGCUGGUGCCAUCUCCCGGGAUCUGGCACAUCUGUUCUUUGGCCGUAUAGGUCUAUGGAGGAACCAGCCGGGCGAUGAACUUCUCAGCCAUGCAGACCUUGUCAUUACAAUAGGGUACGACGAAAUAGAGUACGAUGCCGAGUCGUGGAACCCCGGAGAGCGCGAGGUCGAUAUCAUCCACAUGGAUUACCACAGGGCAACCUUUGGGGCGCACUACGAGCCGAGCCUGGAGCUGAUCGGGUCGCUUUCUGAUAAUUUGGCUGUGCUCAACACUCGUCUGCAGACCGUGACCCGUCCUCACGAGACAGUCGUUGCCAAGAAGCUCUUUGGCGCACUACAUGCCUGGGAGACUGGCCCCAAGGCGUGCCCCUCGCCGUGCCCGGACACUGGGAAGGUGCAUCCCCUGCACUUUAUCAAGGUCCUUCAGCAGCAAGUAGAGUCUUUUAACCAGACACCGACCAUAUCCUGCGAUGUCGGCUCCGUCUACAUUUACUUCUGCCGCUUCUUCUACUCUUACGUCCCCAAGACGUUCCUGGUGUCCAACGCGCAGCAAACUCUGGGGGUGGCGCUGCCUUGGGCCAUCGGGGCGUCGCUUGCACAAGACCCUCCGUGCUCGUCCAAGGUCAUUUCCAUCAGUGGAGAUGGAGGCUUUCAGUUUUCAAUGGCGGAAUGCGCCACGGCCGUCGCAGUCAAGGCCAACAUCUGCCACAUAAUCUGGAACGACCAAAGUUACGACAUGGUCGGUUUCCAAGAGCAGAUCAAAUAUGGCCGCACUUCGGGCACCGGGCUCGGAAACGUUGAUUUCGUGAAGCUGGCCGAGGCGUAUGGCGCCAAGGGGUUCCGCAUCGACAACCCCAGCCAGCUAGAGGCUACACUGAAAGAGGCUAUUGCCUGGGACGGGCUCUCGAUAGUCGACGUCAACAUUGACUACAGUGAUAACCGGGAGCUGAUGAAGCAGGUCGUCACUGAUAAAGUCAACUAG